UAUCUAGUCAAUCGAUUUACGCCCACAUUACGGUCAGGCCCAUGCUCAGGUACCGCUUGUAACCUGGAAACUAUUUUCAAACUAUUCAAGGGUUUAAGCACUCACAAACCCACCGUUGAGGUUCAAUCUCUUCAAAUCUCGGGGCGCUCUAAUCAUAUGCCAUUUGCUCAUCUAGCUGUUACCAGUGCAUCAGGAGUAGCUCGGGAAACAAAAUUGGGAUCCUUACCUUUGGAUACUAAUUACAAGGAGGCACAGAUGGAUGAAUCUCCAUCAUCACUAAAAAGAAAACAGCCGGAAGAUAAUUCAGAAGGUGGACAGGAUGUGCCCGAACAAAAAUCUGCCUCCAAGAGGAGUAAUUUAACCCGGACAUGUGUGCAUGAGGUGGCAGUUCCAAGAGGGUAUACUUCAAGCAAUGAUGAAUCAAUUCAUGGAACCCUUUCAGAUCCUUUUUAUAACGGGAAAAGGGCAAAGACCUACAAAUUUCAGCUUGAUCCUUUUCAGGAGGUUUCAGUGUCUUGUUUGGAGAGGAAGGAGUCCAUUUUGGUGUCGGCACACACUUCCGCUGGGAAAACUGCAGUCGCCGAGUAUGCCAUUGCCAUGGCUUUUAGGGACAAGCAGAGGGUUAUAUAUACUUCUCCAUUAAAAGCUUUGAGCAAUCAGAAGUACCGGGAGCUGAGUCAUGAGUUUUCAGAUGUGGGCUUGAUGACGGGCGAUGUGACACUUUCUCCCAACGCAAGUUGUUUGGUGAUGACUACUGAGAUCCUCAGAGGGAUGCUUUAUAGAGGUUCUGAGGUUCUGAAGGAGGUCGCUUGGGUCAUAUUUGAUGAGAUACAUUACAUGAAAGAUCGUGAAAGAGGUGUUGUUUGGGAAGAAAGUAUUAUUUUCUUGCCCCCCGCCAUUAAGAUGGUUUUCCUUUCGGCAACAAUGUCCAACGCAACUCAGUUUGCCGAGUGGAUAUGUAAUAUACACAAGCAGCCGUGCCAUGUCGUCUAUACAGAUUUUAGGCCGACCCCGCUGCAACAUUAUGUGUUCCCAAUGGGAGGUUCCGGAUUAUAUCUUGUAGUUGAUGAGAACGAGCAGUUUAAAGAGGACAACUUUUUGAAGCUUCAGGAUACAUUCACGAAGCAAAAUUUCUCAGAUGGAAAGAAAAAUGCAAAUGCUAAGGCUGGUGGCAGAAUUGCUAAAGGUGGAAAUGCUUCUGCUGGUUCUGACAUAUACAAAAUUGUCAAGAUGAUAAUGGAGCGGAAAUUUCAACCUGUCAUAAUUUUUAGUUUCAGCAGAAGAGAGUGUGAACAACAUGCCAUGUCUAUGUCCAAGCUUGAUUUUAAUACACAAGACGACAAAGAUGCUGUGGAGCAAGUGUUUAGAAAUGCAAUACAGUGUUUGAAUGAGGAGGAUAGGAAUCUUCCAGCAAUUGAAUUAAUGUUGCCGUUGCUUCAGAGAGGGAUUGCUGUCCAUCAUUCGGGCUUGCUCCCCAUUAUCAAGGAACUCGUGGAACUUCUUUUCCAAGAAGGACUAGUUAAGGCUCUUUUUGCCACAGAGACGUUCGCCAUGGGGUUGAAUAUGCCUGCAAAAACUGUUGUUUUCACAAGUGUCAAAAAAUGGGAUGGUGAUAGUCAUCGUUAUAUUGGAUCUGGUGAGUAUAUCCAGAUGAGUGGUAGAGCUGGGCGUCGUGGUAAAGAUGAGCGGGGUAUUUGCAUUAUAAUGGUUGACGAUAAAAUGGAGAUGAAUACCCUUAAGGACAUGGUUUUGGGCAGACCUGCACCAUUGCUCAGUACUUUCAGGUUGAGCUACUACUCAAUUUUGAAUUUAAUGAGUCGUGCCGAGGGACAAUUUACAGCUGAGCAUGUCAUUAGAAAUUCCUUCCAUCAAUUUCAGCAUGAGAAGACAUUACCUGAGAUUGCGAAAAAGGUGGCACUGCUCGAAGAGGAAGCUGCUGUACUUGAUGCUUCUGGAGAGGCUGAGGUUGCCGAAUAUCACAAACUUAAACUUGAGAUUGCUGAACUUGAAAAGAAAGUGAUGGCUGAAAUAACACAGCCUGAAAGAGUUCUCUCAUUCCUUCAACCUGGUAGACUGGUUAAGGUGAGGGAAGGUGGCAUAGACUGGGGUUGGGGAGUUGUAGUAAAUGUGGUGAAGAAAACCCCAGCUGCAUCCAGUUCUUUGCCAGCUGCACUUGCUUCUUCACGAAGUAAUAGCUAUAUCGUGGAUACCCUUCUUCACUGCUCCCUCGGCUCAAUUGAAAACGGGUCUCAACCAAAACCUUGUCCUCCUCGUCCUGGAGAAAAAGGUCAAAUGCAUGUGGUUCCUGUCCAGUUGCCUCUCCUUUCCGCUGUCAGCAAGCUGAGAAUCUCCGUUCCUUCUGAUUUGAGGCCAAUGGAAGCUCGACAAGACGUUCUUUCUGGUGUUCAGGAGCUUGAAAAGCGCUUCCCUCUAGGCCUUCCCAAGCUAGACCCUGCAAAGGAAAUGCAAAUAAAUGAUCCAGAACUUGUUGAGUUGGCUACCCAAAUUGAGGGACUUGAACGAAAAUUGUUUUCACAUCCACUGCAUAAGUCUCAAGAUCAGCAUCAAGUUAGCAGUUUCCAGAGGAAGGCAGAAGUCAAUCAUGAAAUUCAACAACUAAAGUCAAAAAUGCGUGACUCGCAGCUACAAAAAUUUCGGGAUGAACUUAAAAAUCGCUCCCGUGUUCUCAAAAGACUUGGUCAUAUUGAUGGUGAUGGCGUUGUUCAGUUGAAAGGACGGGCAGCUUGCCUGAUAGAUACAGGGGAUGAGCUGCUUGUCACAGAAUUGAUGUUCAAUGGCACCUUCAAUGAUCUUGAUCAUCAUCAAAUUCAGCGGGAGUGUAAACUAGAAAUCAAUGUGGAUGAAUAUGUUGAGGCGUCAGUUAGACCAUUCUUGAUGGAUGGAGCAACUUUUGCAGAAGUUAUUCAAAUGACCGAUAUUUUUGAAGGUAGUAUCAUACGAGCCGCGAGAAGGCUCGAUGAAUUUCUAAACCAGCUGAAAGGUGCUGCACAUGCGGUUGGGGAAGUUGGUUUAGAGGAUAAGUUUGCAGCGGCGAGUGAAAGUCUUCGUCGAGGUAUAAUGUUUGCGAAUUCGUUAUAUCUGUGAAGUGAUGGUUGAGAUUGACACACAAACUGCCAGCAUCUCAAAGCUCGCGCCACAUCUAUAGGCCAGUGAUUCUUGUUGUUUUGCUUUAGUAUUUUUCAUGCUACAUAAGACACUUGGAUC